AUCCUCCGAGAGGGAGGAGGCCUUGUGGUGAUGCUGCUGCUUCUGCCGCCUCGACUGCUGAUACUCUAGUGAGGCUGGAAGGGUGGUUCCUAUUCGCACCGUCGCCAACCAGAGAGUGAGGGAAAAAAAUCCCAGCAGCCGCUGCUGAUGUUGGGUUCGGAGGCUGCAUCCGACACGGUCACAAGGAAAAUGGAUUCAGUUUGCAUCUCUCCCUCCUUUCAACAGCUUCUCCGCGUCUCAGCAUGGGCUUCUAGGACAGCGGCUGAGGAGACUUUCCCGAGGGGCAGCACGCAGUAGCUGCUGAGCCAUCGCACCCGGGAGAAGCAGCAGUAACAUGGCAGCCCCUGCUUGAGAGGAAUUAAACACCAACAGACUCCAUUCAGAGAGGAACAAUGUCCAAGAAAGGGCGAAAUAAGGGCGAGAAGCCCGAGGCGCUCAUUGUUGCCCUUCAAGCUGCCAACGAAGACCUCAGGACCAAGCUCACAGACAUCCAGAUAGAGCUGCAUCAAGAGAAGUCCAAGGUAUCUAAACUCGAAAGGGAGAAAACUCAAGAAGCCAAGAGGAUCCGUGAGCUGGAGCAGCGCAAGCACACGGUCCUGGUGACCGAACUCAAAGCCAAGCUCCACGAGGAGAAGAUGAAGGAGCUGCAGGCCGUGCGGGAGAAUCUCAUCAAGCAGCACGAGCAGGAAAUGGCCCGGACAGUGAAGGUGCGGGACGGGGAGAUCCAGAGGCUCAAGUCGGCGCUGUGUGCGCUCCGGGACGGCAGCAGCGACAAAGUAAGGACAGCGCUCACCAUCGAGGCCCGCGAGGAGGCCCGGAAACUGUUUGAUGCAGAGCGCCUUAAGCUCUUACAGGAAAUUGCGGACCUGAAAACGGCCAAGAAGCAGGUGGAUGAGGCGCUAAGCAAUAUGAUCCAAGCGGAUAAAAUCAAGGCUGGGGACCUCAGGAGUGAGCAUCAGUCCCACCAAGAAGCCAUCUCCAAGAUCAAGUGGGAGUCCGAGCGGGAUAUUCGGAGGCUGAUGGAUGAAAUCAAAGCCAAGGACAGGAUCAUCUUUUCCCUGGAAAAGGAACUGGAGACCCAAACAGGCUAUGUACAGAAACUCCAACUGCAGAAGGAGGCUUUGGAUGAACAGCUCUUUCUGGUCAAGGAGGCUGAAUGUAACAUGAGCAGUCCAAAACGAGAAAUUCCGGGAAGGGCAGGAGAUGGCUCUGAACACUGCAGCAGUCCUGAUUUGCGAAGAAAUCAAAAGAGAAUAGCUGAGUUGAACGCCACUAUAAGAAAAUUAGAAGACAGGAAUACCUUGCUUGGAGAUGAACGAAAUGAAUUGUUAAAACGCGUGCGGGAAACCGAAAAACAAUGUAAACCUCUUCUGGAAAGGAACAAGUGCCUCGCCAAGAGAAACGAUGAACUGAUGGUGUCUUUGCAGCGCAUGGAAGAGAAACUAAAAGCCGUUACCAAGGAAAAUUCAGAAAUGAGAGAAAAAAUUACAUCUCAUCCACCCUUGAAGAAAUUAAAAUCUCUGAAUGACCUCGAUCAAGCUAAUGAAGAACAAGAGACAGAGUUUCUAAAACUUCAGGUCAUUGAACAACAGAACAUUAUUGAUGAGCUCACAAGGGACCGGGAAAAGCUCAUUCGUAGGAGAAAGCAUAGAAGAAGUUCCAAGCCAAUUAAGAGGCCUGUUUUGGACCCAUUUAUUGGCUACGAUGAGGACUCCAUGGAUUCAGAAACAUCAUCCAUGGCCUCAUUUAGAACAGACCGAACGCCAGCUACUCCUGAUGAUGACUUGGAUGAAAGUCUAGCAGCUGAAGAAUCUGAGCUACGAUUCCGACAAUUAACAAAAGAGUACCAGGCUCUCCAAAGAGCCUAUGCCCUCUUGCAGGAGCAGACUGGAGGCAUCAUUGAUGCUGAAAGAGAAGCCAAGGCUCAAGAGCAGCUCCAGGCAGAGGUGCUAAGGUAUAAAGCCAAAAUUGAAGAUCUGGAAGCGACUCUGGCUCAGAAAGGCCAGGAUUCACACUGGGUAGAAGAUAAACAACUUUUCAUUAAGAGAAACCAGGAGCUUUUAGAAAAGAUAGAAAAACAAGAGGCAGAAAAUCACCGGCUCCAACAGGAACUGCAGGAUGCCAGAGACCAGAAUGAGCUGCUGGAGUUUCGAAAUCUAGAGCUAGAAGAAAGAGAGAGACGAUCCCCUCCAUUUAAUCUGCAAAUUCACCCAUUCUCAGAUGGUGUGAGUGCUCUACAGAUCUACUGUAUGAAAGAAGGUGUCAAGGAUGUGAACAUCCCUGAUCUCAUAAAGCAGCUUGAUAUCUUGGGUGAUAACGGGAAUUUGAGAAAUGAAGAGCAAGUGGCUAUAAUUCAGGCCAGCACUGUGCUGUCCCUGGCAGAAAAGUGGAUCCAGCAAAUUGAAGGAGCAGAGGCUGCCCUGCACCAGAAAAUGAUGGAAUUGGAAAGUGACAUGGAACAAUUCUGCAAAAUCAAAGGCUAUCUGGAAGAAGAACUAGACUACAGGAAACAAGCUCUCGACCAAGCAUAUAUGAGAAUCCAGGAACUAGAAGCGACUUUGUACAAUGCUCUGCAGCAAGAAACUGUUAUCAAGUUUGGUGAAUUAUUAACUGAAAAACAGCAAGAGGAGCUGAGGACAGCAGUGGAAAAGUUACGGCGGCAGAUGCUGAGGAAGAGCAGAGAGUACGACUGUCAGAUUCUACAGGAGAGAAUGGAGCUCUUACAGCAAGCCCAUCAGAGAAUUCGUGACUUAGAAGAUAAAACAGACAUUCAGAAAAGACAGAUAAAGGACUUAGAAGAAAAGUUUCUGUUUCUAUUCUUGUUCUUCUCUCUUGCCUUUAUUCUAUGGCCUUGAUGUCAAGGUGCCUCUUACAGAGUAACCGAAAACACGGAUAAGACCGCAGAAAAGCAGAUACUUCUAAACCUUCAAAGAUGGCAGAAAUGUUUACAGCAGUGAAAGGGAGAUCAAAAGCUUAGAACUAUAAUGUAGCCAGGACUACAACUGUGUAUUUUAAAGCCAUUAUUCAAGGUUUCUUACUUGACAGUUCCUACAUGACCCUGUUGAAAAUCUACAAUAUAUGCUGCAUUUGAUGAAACAUGUAUAGGUAAAACCAGAAGGAAAGAACUAUAAACAUAGAUUGCAAGAAGAAAACAAUUCAGCAAUGGAAACAGUUUCAGCAGAUCAAGCAAAGAUGUGUCUUGGGCAUGGAACCAAAGUUACAAAGAAACAUUCUACCCCUGCUGUGCAGGGGGUGUCAUUUUAAUGUAACACUACACCCCAUGGAAUCACUAGUCCUGAAAUAAACAUCAUUUUAAAAAAUCAAACAAAAAAAAAUAAGGGUGGGUGGGGAUUGAAGCACGAGGAAUACCCAUGAGGAGCUAUUUACAAUAAAAUAUUUCAUUUGAAAA